AUGCGAUCCAAAAGCAAACGGAAGACCAAAUGCAAGACUAUUGUGACCAAUGGUGUGAAUGGUGUGAAUGGAUUGACUCGCGAGUCCAUUAAUGGUAGUAUUAGUGACACAAGUGAUCACAACGAGACCAAAGUGGCGGUCAAGUCGUCCAAAGAGGGGAACACGUGUCGCACGAAGACUACAUCCCAUAACCAUUUGAUCACCGAUUACUACCCGACGCUAUCUUCGGGUCGCAAACGAUUGACUUCCAAAGCGCUGGAACUCCAGAGAGAGAAACUCAUUAAACACUAUCUCAUCAAUGAUUGCGAUCCCAAAGACCUGUUGGCUGUGGAAGAGUUCGGUGACAAAGGCAAAGGUGUGGUCGCCUCGCGGGACAUAUCAAAGGGGUCUUUCAUUUGUGAAUACAGUGGAGAUCUCGUAGACAUGGAAAGGGCUCAGUGUCAAGAGGUGUCGUACGCAUUGGUGGGCGCGGGUUGUUAUAUGUAUUACUUCAGUUGGAAGUCCAAGACGUGGUGUAUCGACGCAACCAAACCCAGCGGUCGUUUCGGGCGACUCAUAAACCACAGCCGAAAGACACCCAAUUGUAAGACAAAACUGGUUGAAUCCAAUGGGAGACCGCAUCUGGUGUUCAUCGCUCUCAGAGAUAUUAAUCAAAGCGAAGAGAUUCUCUACGAUUACGGCGAGACCGACAAGAAUGCCAUCCGAGAGCAUCCAUGGCUGGCCUCUACUUAACAUCACAUUUCCCUCUAUUUAUUAUACAAUCCAUUCGUCAAAACAUUUUUUAUAUUUUUUCUAAACUUUUAAUUGAAAUAAGAGUUUAAAAACUAUUGAUUAUAUAAAGAGUCGAUACGAUUCUCAUUUAAUAAUUCACUUUUCAUAUAACAAAGUAUUUUGUUUUAAAAAGCAUUUAAUUGUAAUUUAUUAAUAAUAUUUCGACAAAUGUUUCGUACAUUAAAUGACAACUAA